AGUCGCAGUGUCAGCGUUGAGACGUCCAGACGGGAAUGUGCAAACAUUGAAAGCGCCACAAAGUGUGUUUCUCUGUGCGUUUGUGUGUGUCCUGUGAAAUGUGAAAAUGUAAAAUGCAAUGCAUAUAAAUAAAUGCAAGUGCUGCAACGCAAAAACAAAAUACAACUUCAAACUGAAAUUCAACAAAUAAAAGCGAAAGCCAAGUGCAAGUACGAGUGCGAGUACAAGCAGUCGCUGUUUUACCGUUGUACUUAGUGUGAGUAUUUGGCAACGGGCGUUAACGAAGGCGCAGGCACACAGGCUCGAUGAUAAAUGCAGCCGCUGACAAUUAAUAUGGAAUCGAGCAAAAUGUCGAAACGAGCAUUUGGCUGAGCAUUAAAACAUUGCGCAUACGCCGCGUGGUCCGCUGAGGGGGAAACUCAUAAAUGAAUGCUUUUAAUUGCGAAAAAAUGACGUUUGCCAGAACAAAUACGGAGAGUAUAAAAGGAACAACGGUUGCUAGAUCAACGGCAACAACAACAAAAACAAACUUUUUGACCUGCUGCAGCAGUGAAAUUUGUGAAAAUCGCAAAAUUUGAGCCAACAGUAUGCUGCUGAUGCCAACAUCGUGUGGCCCCGGGCCGCCAGCGGACGCACACGCCGUUGACCUUAGCCCAACACGGCAACAACGUACACGCAGUCGACUGCGUGAACUGGCAAAGACCCACAGCCCAACUGGUCUGGCAACAACGGGCAUUCCCAAAGGGCUUCUAAUGCUGCUCAUGCUCUUUGCCAUUGUGGCCCAAACGCCGCAGGGCCAAGUGGCUGCCGAGAAGAGCAAACACUAUUAUAUGCAAUCGCUGUGCAAGAAUCACUUUCUACAGCAGCUUUACCGCAAAAUUGAUGGCGCUGUCCUGUGGUCCCAGAACGAACGCAACCUGGACUGUGUCAUCACCUUUCAGACGCACUCGAUACUGCAGCGCUUCAUGCUGCGCUUCGACAUGCUCCAGCUGGACUGCAAUGAUCAUCUGCUCGUCUAUGAUGGAGCCCAUGCCGUAUCGACGCCCAAGAUUGACAUCUCCUGUCGCAACACGAAGAACACGGUAAAUGCGAUAUUGACAAGGACGAACUUCGUAACGCUGAAGUACGUGACCGAUGGCUGGGGAACAGAUGCGAAUGGUUUCAAGCUGGUGAUCACAUCCGUGAAGGAUCCCAAGCACACGUGCAAGGACUUCACGUGUGCCACACGGGAAUUCUGCAUCAAUCCCGAUCUGCUGUGCGACGGCGUCAACCACUGUGGCGACAACUCCGAUGAGUCCGUGCAGAAUCUAUGCCAGAACGAGACGACAAGCACUGUGUUCGGCGUGGACAUGACCUGGUUUGUGCUGAUCGUGGUCGGAGUUUUGCUAGUGCUCAGCGCCCUCAUUGUGGCCAUCGCGAUCUGCGUGUGCCGGCGCCAGGACGAGAAUGCCGCCAACCAGAACACCGCAUUGCAGCUGCAUCACAAUGCGGAGACGAACGGCUCGUCGAAGCAUCUGCAUUACCAUGGCGUCGGCAUGGGCAUGGGCAUGGGCGUUGGCGGCACGCUGACCAGAGAGCACACACAAUUGCCGCCGGUGUCGGGAAACUGGCAUCACCCUGCGGGACCAUCCGGGUACCACCGCAUUCCACACAAUUACUUGAAGAUGGCCACCAAAGUCCGUCCCAUUUGGUGCUUGGCAAAUUCCGUCAAUUAGGUCAAGAUCUUUCACAAAACUCAACCGGGCACAGCCAGACGAACAUCGCCGUUGCUGGCAAUCAUCCGAAUGCCAAUGCCGCUGUCGGCGCUGCUCAAAAAGAUGAGUGGUUCGUUUAAGGCAGCAGCAGCAGCAGCAGCUACUGAACUGGUUCCGGUUCAGUGAUACACAUGUGAAAGAUAUAGAAAUGAAGAAGGAAACCAACUAAAUAAUUGACUUUGAGCACAAUAAUCUGCACUUAAAUAAGUGAUUUCAUGGAUAUUUGCAGAGCAUUAAAUGAAGACUGUUUGACUUAUAUUUAACAACAAGAAAUGUGGACAUCACCGCGCAGGGUGUAUAUUUAAGAGAUCUCUACUCGUACCCAGGCAGAAUCUCGCAAGCAUUGGGCAAACGCUGUGCCCCAAGAAGCACAAUUUUGUCGGAUAACCAAUGCAAUUGUAUAUAGUUUAUAUAUAUAUAACAUAUAUAUAUAUAUAUAUAUAUAUAUGAUUAAAUUACAUUUAAUUUGUAUAAUUAACUCGAAUAGCUAAACCCGAUACCAAGCGAGCAAACGGCAUCAAAUAGACAUAACAAAUAUUUUAGAUCCUAGAUAUACCGCAAACCGAAUGUGUAGUCUAAAAGGACAAGAGCAAGAGCCUUCCGCUGCACCACGAGUCCUUGGCAAUUCCUUGAUAACACUGCUAUGUAACAUAACUUUCUCCAUAUUCCAAUUAUAAUUUGUUUUAUUUUUGACUCGUUUUCUUUUUGGUUCUUAUGUCAAUUCCAACCGAACCGUGAGUAAGCAUCAGCAAUGAAGAAACAAUCGAUGGCAUUUAAAAAAAAAAAAAGAAGAAUUUUGAAGACCGUUGAAAGUAUUAAAGCUCAAUAUGAAAACGCUAAACUAUAACCAUUAAUAAGAACAUAAACAUAAUACUUUCAGUGCAAACUAAUGCGAAUAUAUAUAAAACUGAAGCCGAUAUUGAAUUCGAGUAAAGCAGAUUCAGCUGCAUUCGAAAUACUUAUAAUAAUAUGGACACAAGAACAACAUGAACAAGGGAUGUAAAUAAUUAGUAGACAAUAUUUAAACAGUAAAGGUAAACAAAUCUUCAGCAAUUCGAUUCUCACACUUCAUUGUCAUUGUCUGCAUGCCUCGGCAUAAAGCAUUUACAAACAUAUACAACAGAUCCCAAUAUUGUGCGCAACAUCAACAUAAACGGACUUCAGGAUCCCUUUAAAAAAAAAAACAA